AUGGAAUUCAAAUUCCCAAUAAAGAAUAUCUAUUAAGAAAGUAAAGAGAUAUAAUUAAAUCCACUUCCUAAUGAACAGAUGAUCAAAUUAAAGAUAGAAUUAACCACAAUUUAAAUAAAUGGAUCCAGAAUCCUAAGUCCAAUAUUCAUUUUAGAAAUUUGCCGGUUUACUAAAAUUUUAUCAAGAAACUUAUCUCCAUCAACAAAUCCAUCAUAGAUUUAGGAGAGGAAUUCAUUGCUGAUCGAUAAGAUCCUGGAGAAGGUGAAACUCAAAAAAAACAUUUAAAAUCAGAAGAAACUAGCAAAUCUUAAGAUAUUAAAAAUAAAAUAGAGAAAAAGCAAUUUUAAACGAGGAGCAUAAAAAGAUAGAAUAACCUCUUAAAUAAUUUAAAGAAGCUCAAAAAUAGAAGUUAAAUAGUAAUAAGUGAUAAAAUAGGUAAAAUAAAAUGCUAAACUUUCUAUUAAUCACGAAUAUUAAAAAUAACUAGAUUCUAAAUAUCUAAGACAAUAUCAAAAUAUAAAAACAAUAGAUGGUAGUGAAUAAUUUAAAGCUAAAAUCUUUAAUAUACAUAGUAGGGAUCUCCCAAUUGAUUAUAUAAUAGAUUCGAUGAUGAUUUUGGAAUGA